AAAUCUCGCGAGACUUCCUGUGUUGUGGUCCAGCUGACUCUCCCGUGGGUGUUACAGGCGAGCAGAACCAUGAGGCUAAAUAACCGAAUAAAGCUUUGACAUUUACCCGCCGUGAAGGUCCGGAUCUACAGAUCUUUUUUCACAGAAUGGCUGAAACGGAUCCCAAAUCGGUUCAGGACCUCACUAACGUGGUCCAGACGCUCCUGCAGCAAAUGCAAGACAAGUUCCAGACGAUGUCAGACCAGAUCAUCGGGAGGAUCGAUGAGAUGAGCACGCGAAUCGAUGACCUGGAGAAAAACAUUGCCGACCUGAUGACCCAGGCUGGAGUCGAGGAGGCCGAGGCCACGCCGGAGAAGCCGAAGGAGAGCCAAGGGUCAACCUGAAGGUUCAUGAACGGUGUGAGGUCAGACUUCCUCACUGAUUUGGUGUGACGUGUGAAAUGAUUUUUUUUAUAUAUAUAAUUGUUUAACGGUUAUGUCAUGAUUUGAGAAGUGGAAUAGUUGUAACUGAAUUAGUGUGACCUGCCCCUGAAUUGUGUUUUUGGUGCACUGACCUGGACGUUCUGGAGCCGCCAUCGGGGGUCCGGUCUGUUCUCGGGCCCGGCAGAACCUCCUCUGAACACCUGCGGCUCGCGGCGUCUGACCAGCACUGAUGCAGAUGCAUUCCAUUUCUGAUGUUCUAUUAAAGCGACUGACGGAGGCGUUCUUCCUUCUUGCUGAACAAUAAACCACGGUGCUGGUGUGUCUGUGCUGCA